GAUCGUUCGUUGUAAAAUAGAUUAGAUCGCCGUUAGACAGUUGCAGCUCGUGCCAGUUCAUAGUAACAGGAUCUCGCAGGUUCAGGAUGAAAAGGACCGGAAUCAUCAGCGUUCUUGCGAUUCUUCAUCUGAUGUUGUUCGAUCUGGCGAUCAGUAAAAACGAGUACACCAAGCUGUUUGACAAAUGCGCCAGCGAGAAGAACGCUUUCGACUGUCUGAAGAAGAGAGCACUUGAUAUCCUGGACUCGGCGAUCAGGGACGAUUCGGUGUACGUGCUGAACGAUUACGUGUCGCUCGAGAAAGACCCUGCUGUGGUGACGAGAAGUACGGAUCGAUCCUUUAAAGAUGAGAAUGGAACGGAAUUAAGCUUGGAUCAGAAGUUGGAUAACAAGUUUCAUGAAUACUUAUCUUCCAGAAGUGUAAAGUUAACCAUUCCUGGCGAUGUUUUCCAAGGUAGAAAGAAGAAGGACAAAGGAUACGGGGCAGUCAUGAUGGGUGCUCUGGCAGUAGGAGCAAUGAUGGCACAACUGGCUUAUGGGAAAAUCGCCUUCAUAGCUGGAACAGCCCUGCUGACAGCAAAAAUAGCGUUAGUAUUAAGCGCGAUCAUUGGAUUGAAGAAAUUAGUGUCGCAUCAAGGUGGUGGUGGCCAUGAAGUGAUCUAUGCUACCGGAGGCGACCACCAUGGAAGCUACAGCAGUGGCGGUGGUGGCUAUGGUGGUGGUGGUGGUGGCGGCUGGCAGAGAACCAUCGAUGGUGUUCCUCCCACUUGAAUGAAACUAAUCACGCGAUAAUUAAUAUAGAUGUACAUUAUAUAUUAUUUCUUACUACGAGCGAGGAGAGGAACUUUUUAAUAAAACUUUAUGAUAGACGAGUAAAAUGUGAUUUAGAAAAUUAUCUAUUGAAAGUUCUAAUGCUUUUGAUUGAUUAAUUAUUUAUUUAGAGCUGCUAGCAGAGACAAUUGUACCAAAAAUUAAUGUUAUUUAUUUUCUACUUAACAGCGUGAGAAGUUUGCACAGUGAAUUGUAUAUUGUUGUAA